AUGAGCGAGUGGAGAAGACCUGUGUCAUUUAUACUGCUAGUGCUGGCUAGACUCUCAUGGUCGCGCACUGUAUCCUACUACCUCCCCAUUCCGACCUGGAUCCCAGCUGUAGCGACCAUAGUAUCACCAGUUCUUGGCCUCAUACUCGGUGUUCUCUCCACAUGGGUCUUGAAAUCAGCCAGCCAACGUGAUUUCGAAAUCUGGGGUAUCGGCAUCCAGCGAGUCCUUUCCGCCUUGAAUCAGCUACACACCAUACUAUCCACUAUCCUCGCAACACUAGCACUCGCAUAUCUCUACCCCGAGCAACUAUCAACCUGCAAUAUUGAACAACAAUGGCAAUCUAUGUUCAAGGCUAAGAAUGCGGAUGCCAUUCGAACAAUUCAAGAUUCUUUCCAGUGUUGUGGUCUACGGAGUACCCGUGAUCGGGCAUGGCCAUUCAAGGAUCGUACACAUGGUGAUAACUCUUGUGAGCUACAGCUUGGCUACACACGGAGCUGUUUAACGCCAUGGAGAGGACAGCAGCAGACAGCUUCGUGGAUGAUUUUCGCUGCGGCUCUUUUAAUCGUGGCUCUGAAGAUUGGAAUCGCAUCUUGGAGUAGUCGACGAUCUAGCUGGUUGAACACUACAUUCUCCUCGAACGAGUCACAGGACUAUCGCAGGAUCACAAAUGAGGAAACUGUCAAUACCGAGUCGGAGGCUAAUGCGAGAACUCUGGAUCCUUUCGCUGAAAAUACCUGGAGGGAGUGA